UGUUGAAGCCGAAGAAGAGCUCCGACAGCAGCCUGGUAACACUGCAGUACAUGCCACCGUACAACCACCGCUCUCUCUCCAGCUCUCCAGCCUCUCUUCAUGUUUUCUCUCCACCGCCAGCGACGACACGGAGGAAAACGGUCAUCUUUGUUGUGAAGUGAAGUGGCGGAGAAGACCUCACCGUAUCCGGAGACAAUAAGUUUCCUGUUCCAGCGGGCACCGUGAGUAGGCGCGGUGUGUGGCAUUUGUGGACCGUGAAGGAUUGUGCAAAUAAAACAGCUUUCCCCCUCGACUACUCAGUUGAACGAUUUAGCCACCUUACAUUUGAUUGGCAGGGAAAACGCCAGGAUAACACCAUAGCAGAUUGCUCUCCAUAGGUUUUCUUUCCGAUCGCAGACUACACAACAGAGCCAAAGGUGCAGUGGGGGCGAGGCUGCUCUCAGGUCAGAACAAACCCGUGGCCAUGGAUGUGGAUGAGGAGGAGAAUAUGAGUUCGAGCAGCACAGAUGUUAAGGAAAACCGAAACCUGGACAACGUGUCCUGCAAAGACGGGAUGGGAGUGGCUGAACAGCUCCCCAAUGGAAGCGGCCUGGGCAGUCGAAAGCGCCCCUUGGAAGAGGGGAACAAUGGACACACGCACUCCAAGUUCCGAGCCAAGAAGCGCAAGAAAACGCCGGGGCCGGUCCUGCCCAAGAAUGCUCUGAUGCAGUUGAAUGAAAUCAAACCGGGCCUGCAGUACAAACUGCUGUCUCAGACGGGACCGGUCCAUGCACCAGUUUUUGUCAUGACUGUUGAGGUCAAUGGACAGAUGUUCGAGGGCAUGGGCCCGACUAAGAAGAAGGCAAAACUAAAUGCAGCGGAGAAAGCACUGCGUUCCUUUGUCCAGUUCCCAAACGCCUCCGAGGCACACCUGGCCAUGGGUCGAACGCUGACGGUGAACACGGACUUUACAUCUGACCAAGCUGACUUUCCAGACAUGCUCUUCAAUGGAUUUGAGACACCAGCAGCACCUGAAGAAUCCUUCUAUCUAGGCUCCAAUGGUAGCAGCUCCUUAAACUCACUAGGGGAGUACCCGCUGCCCACGCCACCUGGCAGCAACCUUGCCCAGGCCCCAUUACCCCCUCCAUCGACGUUCAGCUCGCCCUCCAGUGGGAAAAACCCAGUCAUGAUCCUCAAUGAGCUCAGACCAGGCCUCAAAUAUGACUUUGUCUCAGAGAGCGGGGAGAGUCAUGCCAAGAAUUUUGUGAUGUCAGUAACGGUGGAUGCACAGACGUUCGAAGGCUCAGGGCGCAACAAGAAGCUGGCUAAAGCCCGGGCAGCACAGGCCGCCCUCUCAGCUCUCUUCAACAUGCAGCUAGACCAGACACCGUCCCGGCAACCCAUACCAAGAGAGGGAUUGCAGCUUCACCUACCCCAGGUUCUGGCUGAUGCAGUCUCUCGCCUGGUGGUGGAUAAGUUCAGUGAGCUGACAGAAAACUUCACCUCCCCCCAUGCACGACGGAAAGUCCUAGCAGGAGUCGUCAUGACAACAGGGUCAGACGUGAAGGAAGCACAGGUAAUUUGUGUGUCCACGGGAACCAAAUGCAUCAACGGUGAGUACAUGAGCGACCGCGGCCUGGCACUCAACGACUGCCACGCUGAGAUAAUCGCCCGGCGCUCGCUCAUCAGGUACCUCUACACUCAGCUGGAGUUAUUCCUCAGCAAGGAGGACCACCAGAAGUCGGUAUUCGAGCAGUGUGAGAAGGGGGGCUACAGGUUAAAGGAACACGUUCAGUUCCACCUCUACAUCAGCACCUCGCCCUGCGGGGACGCCAGGAUCUUCUCUCCACACGAGGCCGGAGUUGAAGACCAAGGAGACAGACAUCCCAACCGGAAAGCACGGGGCCAGUUGAGGACCAAAAUUGAGUCAGGGGAGGGCACCAUCCCUGUGAGGUCCAGCAACACCAUCCAGACCUGGGACGGGGUGCUGCAGGGGGAGAGGCUACUCACCAUGUCCUGCAGUGACAAGAUCGCAAGGUGGAAUGUGGUGGGCAUCCAGGGCUCUUUGAUGAGCUACUUCACAGAGCCAAUCUACUUCUCCAGCAUCAUCCUCGGCAGUCUUUACCAUGCCGACCACCUCUCCAGGGCCAUGUACCAGCGCAUCGCAGAAAUCGAGGACCUGCCCCAGCAGUUCAACCUCAACAGGCCUCUACUCAGUGGUAUAAGUAAUGCAGAGGCCAGGCAGCCAGGCAAGGCGCCCAACUUCAGUGUGAACUGGACGGUGGGCGAUCUGGCCCUGGAGGUGAUCAAUGCAACCACGGGCAAGGACGACAUGGGCCGGGCUUCACGCCUCUGCAAACACGCCCUCUACAGCCGCUGGGUGCGCCUACACUGCAAGCUGUCCUCCAUCUUGUGGAUCAAGGUGCUCAAGCCCAGCUCUUACCAUGAUGCCAAGCAGGCAGCCACAGAGUACCACUCUGCCAAGCAGGCGCUCAUCAAGGCCUUCCACAAGGCCGGCCUGGGGGCCUGGGUGAAAAAGCCCAGCGAGCAAGACCAGUUCACCCUGUGCUCCUGAGCUGAGUCAAGGGGACCAAGGGAUUCCUAAAACCCCCCACUCCUUUCCCCUUUGACCCAGGCCUGAAAGCAAGAGAGCCCCCCAAUUAACAACCAGCCCACAGAGACACUUACCUCCGUCCCAUGUGUCGGCACGCACGCACGUGCUGUACUGUGGAAAUAAACGUGCGUUAGUUUCACAAACCAUUCACAACUCAUCAUUGUCAUUCCUCAGAGGACCUCGGCCUCACCAUGUCUUUUCUCAUAUUCUUGAUUUUUUUUGUCCUUUUUAAUUUUUGAUUUUAACUGAUGGUGUUUUUUUUCAUCUACUUGUUUUUUCUGUUUUAAAACUGGAAUCCAUGUUUUUAUGCCGUAGAUGUGGGAGUUGAAAUUAUGCAGUUUUCUUUUUGUCUAUUUUCUGGAUGGAGUGUAGCCAGUUUAGGGUGAAAUGUAGCCUAGAAACACAGGAUCUUUGUUAACUAAAAACCAAUGUGUAUGGACCUGGGGGAAAAAAAAAAAACGUUGCUAAAAUGAAUGACGAACUUUAAUUUAAAGAUGCAUAAAUCUUCAGGAUGUAAAUCUAGUGCUGAAAAGAAAUAGUCACUUAGUUCUAUAAACAUUUAAUGUGUGUUAUUUGGUCCGUUCCUUAGAUGAGACUACGUGUUCUUAGACCCUGUAUUAAAGAUGACAAUGUUCCAAAA